AAAUUUAAAAGGCAAUAGUCUUUUUAUAUUGAGUCGAGUGUGGACGUACUUUUAGCUGCGCCUGGACGAAGUUUCUUUGUAACAACAGGACAACUUCUUGAAUUUGAAGAACAAGUAUACAUAGGCCUACCAUUUGAAAAUGGCGGAUGGAGGAAAUGAUGAUGUUGCUACAGCCAUUCUGCGCACAAAGUCCAAGCCAAACCGACUCAUUGUUGAAGAUGCAAACAAUGAAGAUAACUCGGUUGUUUCUUUAUCACAGGCUAAGAUGGACGAACUUCAGCUCUUCCGGGGUGAUACAGUUCUUCUGAAGGGCAAGAAGAGAAGAGACACAGUCUGUAUUGUGCUCUCUGAUGACAAACUAACAGAUGAAAAGAUACGCAUCAAUCGUGUAGUUAGAAAUAACUUACGUGUGCGUCUUGGAGAUAUUGUCAGUGUACAAGCCUGCCCAGAUGUGAAGUACGGCAAACGAAUCCAUGUCUUGCCUCUGGAUGACACUGUGGAAGGACUCACUGGAAACCUGUUUGAGGUGUACCUCAAGCCUUACUUCACUGAGGCAUAUCGACCUGUACGCAAGGGGGACAUCUUCCUUGUUCGUGGAGGUUUACGAGGUGUAGAGUUCAAAGUAGUUGAGACAGACCCUGGACCAUACUGCAUUGUUGCUCCAGACACUAUGGUUCAUUGUGCAGGUGAACCAAUCAAAAGAGAGGAGGAGGAAGAAAUCUUGAAUGAGGUUGGCUAUGAUGACAUUGGUGGUGUACGUAAACAGCUUGCACAGAUCAAAGAGAUGGUGGAAUUACCACUACGUCAUCCAGGGCUCUUCAAGGCUAUUGGUGUCAAGCCACCAAGAGGAAUUCUUCUUUAUGGACCACCUGGAGUAGGAAAGACUUUGAUUGCUCGUGCAGUAGCCAAUGAAACAGGAGCAUUCUUCUUCCUCAUUAACGGACCGGAGAUCAUGAGUAAGCUCGCUGGAGACUCCGAAUCCAAUCUGCGUAAAGCGUUUGAGGAAGCAGAAAAGAAUGCACCGGCCAUUAUCUUCAUUGAUGAGUUGGACUCUAUAGCUCCUAAGAGAGAGAAGACACAUGGUGAAGUUGAGAGGCGUAUUGUGUCUCAAUUGCUUACCCUCAUGGAUGGAUUGAAGCAACGUGCACACGUUAUCGUCAUGGCAGCCACUAACAGACCAAACAGCAUUGAUUCCGCCCUCAGAAGAUUCGGUCGCUUUGAUCGUGAGAUUGAUAUUGGUAUUCCUGAUGCUACGGGACGUCUUGAGAUUCUUCGCAUUCACACAAAGAACAUGAAACUAGCUGAAGAUGUGGACUUGGAACAGAUUGCUAAUGAGACUCAUGGACAUGUUGGCUCUGACCUGGCUGCCUUGUGCUCAGAAGCUGCACUGCAACAGAUUCGUAACAAGAUGGAUUUGAUUGACCUUGAAGAAGAGACAAUAGAUGCAGAGGUCAUGGAUUCUCUAGCUGUUAAUAUGAAUGACUUCAGAUUUGCCCUUGGUAAGAGUAGUCCAAGUGCAUUGCGUGAGACUGUGGUGGAGGUACCAACAGUAAACUGGACCGACAUCGGUGGUCUGGAGAGUGUGAAGAGGGAGUUGCAGGAGUUAGUACAGUACCCUGUGGAACAUCCAGAUAAAUUCCUCAAGUUUGGAAUGACACCAAGCCGUGGAGUACUCUUCUACGGACCUCCAGGAUGCGGUAAAACUCUCUUAGCCAAGGCUAUUGCAAAUGAAUGCCAGGCCAACUUCAUCUCAAUCAAAGGACCAGAGCUUCUCACUAUGUGGUUUGGAGAAUCAGAAGCAAAUGUCAGAGAUGUUUUUGACAAGGCCAGGCAAGCUGCCCCAUGUGUGUUGUUUUUUGAUGAGUUGGAUUCCAUAGCCAAAUCCCGUGGUGGUAAUACCGGUGAUGCUGGUGGUGCCUCUGACCGUGUUAUCAAUCAAGUCUUGACAGAAAUGGAUGGUAUGGGAGCUAAGAAGAAUGUCUUCAUCAUUGGUGCAACCAACAGGCCGGACAUUAUAGACCCAGCCAUAUUACGUCCGGGUCGAUUGGAUCAACUGAUCUAUAUUCCUCUUCCUGAUGAGCUGUCUCGCGUUUCAAUCCUUAAAGCUAACCUCAGGAAGUCACCUGUAUCCAAGGAUGUUGAUUUGAUUUAUUUGGCUAAAGUAACCCAUGGCUUCAGCGGUGCUGAUCUGACUGAGAUAUGUCAGCGUGCCUGUAAACUAGCUAUCCGUCAAAGUAUUGAGAUUGACAUCCGUAAACAGAGAGAGCUUGCCGAAAACCCUGACCUGGACAUGGAGACGGACGAAGAUGAUGCAGUUCCAGAGAUUACCAAAGCACACUUUGUGGAAGCUAUGAGGUUUGCCAGGCGAUCCGUCAGUGACAAUGACAUUCGCAAAUAUGAAAUGUUUGCACAGACAUUGCAGCAGAGUAGAGGGUUUGGUGGUAGCUUCAGCUUUCCUGAGGAACAGGGACCAAGUGGAGGUCAAGCUCCAGGACCAGGCUCUGGAUCGGGAAAUGACCCAAGACUAUAUGCUGAUGACAAUGGAGAUGAUGAUUUAUACAGUUAAUAACCAUAUGAAUACCAACCCUUACACCAACCCUUACA